CAAGCGGAAGAGAGAAAUUUCAACAAAAGAUUCAACUUACGUGGUUUUAAUAUGGUUUUGUGAAACUGAUUUGGUAUUCCCUAUAACUCUUUUAAAAUGGUGGUAUGAGGGACAAUAUUUUAGUGAACUUAUGUGUAUUGAUCACGUACACUGUAAGUUACAGGGCUUUGUCUGAACUGGAUCCAGUUCUAUUUUUAGAAUUGACUGACAAGCAUGGAACAGUAACCAGUCUAAAAACAAAAAACAUUGUUAAAGGUGUAACUUUACCUUGUGUUUUUUGAGUUGAAACAAAAUGAUUAUUAAACAGUAUUUCACUGACGGAUUAAUUCAGAUAGCUAUUAUUCUAAGUUUACUUAGAACAGAUCUUAAUAACUAUCUCCACAGCAAUUUAAUAAACUACCCCGAAGUUCAAGAUGUGAUCUUGGGACAAAGCAUAGCCUAUGCACCUUCAAAUUUUCAUAACCAUUUCAACAUUUUAAAUAGCCUUAGUGGCAGUGUGCACCCGAAAAGUGUGGAUCAUGAAUACUUUUCAUCUAUAUUUCAAGAAGUUCGCAGUCUUCCAAGGUUUCAACGAUUUUAUGGACUUAGUACAAACAUAGAUGCGUUUUUGCUCGAGACAAACCUAGGAUUAUCGUCCAGUAGUGUGCAGCAUAGUUCGUCGUCAGGUGGUCAAGGUUCUAGUGAAGAACAAAAUGUCAAUGCAGCAGUUGAUAAUCUCUCUUCAUCGGAAGUACAUGAAGAAUCAAACGCAAAUGAUAGAACAGAGGAAAUCUCAAGUGAUGAGGUUUUGAACAAUGAUUCGCACGCCGCUGGGGCAGUUUCGUUUUCGUCUAGUCUGUUAGGAAGUAAUCCCACUGAAGAGGAUUUGGAUUUAAUUGAAGUUCUGUGGCGACAAGACAUUGAUCUGGGUGUUGGUAAAGAUGUUUUCGAUGUUGAUCUUCGGAAAAAGCUUGAACAGGAGCGAGAACUUGAGCUGCAACAACAGCGUGCAAAGGAAAAACAAGAAGAAUUGUUACGGAAGAAGAAGGAAGAAGAGAGACGUCAGUUGAAUCAACAAUGGCUGUCACAGAACUUCAUGCAGGAUGGUGAAACCGGUGAGUGGGUACCACUGGAUACGCCUGCUGGAGGGCUGCAGACUGAUAUCUUCAGUGCAUCAAAUGUUGCUGAGAAUUUCUCACUUGAGGAAGCACUCGAAAUUUUGUCUUCUCCGGCUGGCCAGGAGAAAGUGGACAGCUUUAUACCGAAUGGAAACAGUACGCAGUUACUGGACAGCCUACCAGUAACACCUCUACCAGCGCCACCAGCCCAGCCCAUCCAUUACUUUGGGAACUACAUUGAAGAAGGCGCACAGCACCCCAAUCAAUCCAAUCAGCCACAACAGCUCCACACCCUACAGAAUGUUGAACGACAGGACAGCUUCCUCGAGUGUCUGGCAGACCUGCUGGACUUCAAUAACCUGACUCAGGAAGACCUUGAUGCGACGAGAAGCCCCGAUUCCGAACUCCUGCCUAAUGCAUGCCACGUGAACAGCACUGAUGUGCUGCUACAGAACGCCACGAUGCCGACACCUGCCGCUAACACCACCCUGCCGUCUCCGAUGGCUGUCAGCAUGGGCCUGCCACUGCCCACCAGUAACAACAGUAACAACGCAUCGUGCAUGCAGCAACUCAAUGAUACAGAAUUUCUAUCACAAGCAGAGAAUUUCAGCUCCACUGUUCCUGCUGUUGGGAGUUUUGAAUCAUUGGACUGGGAGGCUGAAGACAUCUUUUCCAACGUGACUGCGAUGAAUCAGUCGGACAAUCUGAGCAGUGUAGCCGAUCUCGUACUACCCGAAGAGGCCAUCCAUGCAGGUCUCCAGUCGGUGGAUAUGAUGGAAGCUUCAUCCAGUGUGACCCCGGAUCUGCUGCUCGACGAAGUCAGUGAAGAUUCGGCCAUAGAGUCCAUGGGCAGCGCAUCACCAUUGCAGCAUGACAUGGAAACGGUGGAUGGUCUGGAGGGAGCCACUGGAGGGAGUGACUACGGCACUGGUAGCCCCACCUACAGCAAGUCUUCUAAGUUCGAGCCGGAGGAUUUCCGCUACUCCUACAGCUCGUACAGUGACUCCGAGUCGCCAAACACCAACUGUUCCACCUCGUCCAAUGACACGGACUUCAACCGACCGUCGAGCGGACCGCCGAAACACGUCAAACACAACCACACGUACCCACUCCAGCCGGGCGAGUCUCCCAGGGAGGUGAAGGCUUACACCAAGGUGGAAAAGUCUAAACACAAAGGACCAUACAGCAGAGAUGAGAAGCGCGUGUGCGAUCUGAACAUUCCGUUCACGGCCAGUCGGAUAAUCAAUGCGCCCGUGGAGGAAUUCAACGAGAUGAUGUCCAAGUACAAACUGACCGAGCCGCAGACACAGCUGAUCCGCGACAUCCGCCGCCGUGGAAAGAACAAGGUGGCCGCCCACAACUGCCGUAAGAGGAAGAUGGGGAUCCUGAUGACUCUGGAGGACGAACUGGAUGAGCUGAAGGACGCGAAGGAAAAGCUGGAGCGGGAGCGCUACUACAUCGACAAGCAGACGCGCGAGAUGAAGGAGAAGUUCAGCUACAUGUACCGAGAAAUCUUCAACUCACUGCGCGACGAGCAUGGGAAUCCCUACGACGCUAAUGAGUACUCGCUGCAACAGUCGAGCGACGGGAACGUGUUCCUGGUGCCGCGCACCGUGCCCUCGGACGACAGCGCCAUGAAGACCGGGAAGAAGAGGAAGAAUGAUAAGAAAUAGAAAAGGAAAACAUUUGUGGCAUUGUUAACACGAUCUCUUUAUUCAUGAAGCUGAAACUCUUUGCAGUGAUAUUUGUUAUGGUAAUUUAUGAUAAUCUUUUUUUUCUUCUGAAAAGUUAACAGAAAGUGAUUUUUUUUUUUUUUUUUACAGAAUUGGAAUUUUGGUUUGGUUUUCGUUGAUGUCACAAAUAAGAUAGACUUACCUGUCCAGGACCCAUGCUUAUAAAACUUUUAAAGAGUCCAGGCUCGAUCUCUAAUGACGUCUUGGACUUCCAAUAAAGUGUUGAGUCUAUAGACUCUAAAAAAGUUUUAUAAGCACCAGGCCAGAGAUAUCAUGUCAUGUCAUGUAACUUGCAGCAAACAACCAUUAACACCAUCAUGUCUAAAUAGCAUAUCGUUUCGUCUUGUCACUAUUCCUGGUUCUGUUUGAUGUGGGGGUGGCUGAUACAUGCUACAAUAAUCAACUGCGUAGUCGAUAUCUCUCGUAGCACAUGGAGGAUCCUUGUUUUCGCAUUUAUUGUAGAACUGACCACCAUCUGUUACGACCUGUUAACUGAUGUGCAGUAGUAAUACAUUGAUCUACAGUUUCACCAAACUUGAAUGUGAAUACAUUACCCUGUGACCUUAAUAUUUCAUUUUGACCUGACCCACAUUUUUAAUUUUUCCUCGACAUGAACUCCAUUAUUCAUUCGACCUGACAUGAACUUCAUUAUUCAUUUGACCUGACAUCAUCUUCAUUAUUCAUUCGACCUGACAUGAACUCCAUUAUUCAUUUGCUCUGACAUGAACUUCAUUAUCCAUUCGACAUGACACAUGACCUUCAUCAUUCAUUCAACUUGACCUGACAUGCAUUUUUUCAUUUGAUCUGACCUGCAUAUAUCAUUUGACCUGUCUGUCAUGUAAAUGACCUUGACCUAACCUGUAUUUGUCCCUCAAAGAUGUACUCUGUGAGUAUUAAUCUCAAGUUAGAUGAAGAAAUAUCUGAACUUCAGUUUGCAGCGAUGACAUGUUAAACUUUAAAAUCUUCCAAUCGUUGAUCUACAUUGAAUUCUAAACAUCCAUUUAUCGUGUGGGACAAGUCCCUGUCCAUCUUUUUACUUGUUCCGUCUUAAGUGUGCCAUUCCCGUCCAAAUGUGUCGGUUGAAAGAGUCCGGCAAUAUUUAAAUUGUCUGUCAUGGAACAUUAAAGAGUCUUGUUUGAUAGAAACAAAACUGCCCAAAAUCAUACAGUGUUAAUUUAAUGCAUGACUGGUCAUUGUACAUUUUAGAAUUUUCAGUUUUAACACUUGUUUUGACAGACAAGUUGUCAGAAUAAUUUAUUGGUCCUACACCAGGCUUUCUGCAAGAAAAUAAUUUCAGGGUAUGUAAUUAAAACAAAAUAGAUCACUUGCCCCUACAAGCUGGUUAUAGGAGUUGAAAAUAUUUUGAAAAUGGACACUACAUUUCAUAUAAUUUGACACCUUUUAACAGCAGUGGUCUUAUUAUUAUCUAUCUAAAAAAACAUUUAAAAUAUAUCCAUUAAUUUCCAAGAUUUUAGGUACGUAAAUUUUCUUUGUCCUGCAAUUAAACAACUUGUCUUGAGCAAACAAACAAGUCUUUUUUUAUUUUUUUUGUCUCUUUAAUUUUUUUUUUAAAUUAACAAGUCUUAAUGCAGCUUCCUAAUUCUCAUUGGCAAUGGUUAGUAGAUUUUAAUUGUUUUUGUAAUAGCAGUUGUCAGGGACAACCAGUUGAAUGCUUAAAGAAGCAUUAAUCUUGUUUUCUUACGGUCAGGUUAACUAUUCACGAAAAGAGAGGGAAAAAAUCCAAGUUUCCGACAGUUUUCAUUUGGUCUCUUUCAAACCAAAUUAGAACGAUGGUGGAAAUUUCUCUGUUCAAUAAAAUGAGCAUUAAUUGUGUUGUGGGACUAUGUAUUAGAAUUGUGUUUGGUCUUCAUCGCUGCAAUUGGAGAUGGUGUGUUAUUCCAGAGGAAAAAAAAAAAAAAAAGGAAAAAAGUGGCAUUAACUGAUUUAGCAAAAGCUUAUUAGGUGCAUUAUUUGGUUUAACUGCUAAUUGUAGGAAUAUGUGUACAUUAAUUCAUUGUUAAUAGAAGAUAAAUAAUUUAGAGUUGAUAUUACCUGUAUGGAAAAAUUGAAACUUCACAAAGCUGUGAUAAAUAAUGUGGCUUUUGUUUGUAACCAUGUAACAAGAUAGUACAGUCAAAUCUGCUUAAUUGCAUAGCCCCGGUAUGUAUGUUGAUGACAUAUUAUCUGGCAGGUCUGUGGCUUUCUCAGAACUUUUCCAUUCUCAUGUUGGUUUUGUUUCAAGAAAAACCAACAAAUGAAUCAAGAGACGUUUCUUUGUGUAUUUUGUAAGCUUUUGUUCCAAAAGUUGUUUUCAAUAUAUGGAGCACAAGUUUCCUCUCUCUCUCAGAUCCACGGGCCACUCUCUGAAAUCCACAGGCCUGCAUUGGUUGAUGUCUGUUUAUAAAAAAAAUUGAUCUGUCUAUUCAGCCAACCAAGCAUUCAUUAGCCGAAGGGUUAUAUUGAAAAGCAUUUUUACUUCUUUGGUUAUCUGAUCAUGGACGUUUUCUCAUGGUUUUUGAUUAUGUGAUAAAUUGAGGAUGCUUGUUUUUAUAAGGUUUUACUGAUUUUCAGAAACUGUUGUUGAAUGACUUUCAUAAAAAAAAACAUUACUGAAGUGAAGAAAUUAUAGACUCAUAGUGAAUGUCGUUUCGUAAGAAUUGUUUUUGACACAGUGAUUAAUGUUAUUGGUGUUGUGAUGUUCCUGCUGGACACCCAGUAUAUUUUUAAUGUGUUGUUAAAUUUGGUUUGUUUUUAAUGAAUUUUAAAACCUGAUCAAUGUUUCUGUUCAUUUCAUAUUUUAAGAAUUGUAUUAUUAUUUAUUUUUUUGAUAUACAUGUAGCUACUGACAUCACUUGAGUUCAUGUCCUUUUGCUUUCUUCAAUUAUAAGAUUAUUAUAUGUUUACGGCCAGGCAGUGGCAUAGUGUGGACGGGACCACCAGGGCGCUUGCCCUGGGCGCAAAAUUCUGGACUGGUAGAAGGGACUCUGGGAGUGCUGAUGGUCUACUGGUUAGGGGGCACAAUACUUGCCUUGCCCCGGGUGCUGGCAACCCACGCUACGCCACUGAAGCUAGGGUCACUUAACAUAUGCCCUGUUAAGUGGUUCAAGAGAUAACACAUUUUGUUUGUCAAAAAAAGUACUUUAUUCAAUUCGUGAUAUGGUAAAUAUCUUACCUUUAUUUUUUCUACAUAAUUUGGUGGUUAACUGAAUUCAGGCUAUGUAGCCAUAAAUAGAAAAUAUAAUUUUGUUAACUUUUACCCAUCGGUAACUUCGAGUACUGAAUAUGUGAACUGUUAAUAGUAAUACAAAUUGUGAAUUUAGUGGUACGUUUACAUGCACAACUAGGCUUACUAUGUUGUGCGAAAUUAGGCCCUGUGCGAUAACAAAGUUGGAUCACCUAAUUGAUACAUUGAGGUAUCACUAAACAACCAUUCCAUUGAUGAUGGGCCAUCACAUUCAGAACAUCCAUUGGUGUAAGUUACUGUGUAGUCACGACUAAACAUUAAUUUGGUUGAAAUUUAUUCUUCUUCUUAACAUGAACAGACUCGUUCAUAAUAUGCAUAAAUCGCGCCACAUCUUUUGAUAAGAGACAUGUGAUGUCAUAGAUACCUAUGGUCUUAAAAGUUCCUAUAGGAUGUGUAAGGUAAUAAAAAUAUUUGUUUUUAAAGUUGCACCCCUUAUCUCUCUAUCCUGUGACAUUAACUACUAGAUAACAAACACGGCUACAGUUCUAAUAAGACUUGUGUUUUUGCCAUUAACAAAUGUAGGCAAUUGCCUCAAUGCACCUUAUCUGGUCACCAUUUUUGUUAGUACAUUGUACAAGAUAGCAGGGAUUCUAGAUUAUGGUAGUCCCACUCCCAUGGCUUGUGAUAUUCAAUGUUGGGCUAGUAAAUAACUACUAUUGCCAUACAAAAGUUGUCAAAUGGUGCAUUUAAGUCUAUUUUGAAAAUAUGAAUAGUCUGCCCCUGCUUUAGGUAAACACAUCUGAUUAUUACUAUUAGUAAAAUUGUAUUAAAUAAAGUAAGGCUAGUGAAUUUUUAAUGAAGGCUGGUAAAUUUUUAAAAUCACUGAUGACAUGGCUAGUGGAUUUUACAAAUAUUUCUAGAAGCCCUGAAAACACAUAAGAGAUAAUCCUGCUUUAGUAUGGAUAACAGUAUAUUUUUAAUGACCUAUGUUGAAGGUUGCAUCCAAUAUAAAAUGAAGAAUGGAAUAUUGUAGGAAGAAAAUUAAACUUCAUGAUCUGGGCCCGAUUUACGAAGCGAUCUUGGCACUAAGAUCACCUCAAAGUGCAUGAGGUAGUCAUGCACUUAAGAUGAUAUUGGUGCUAAGAUCACUUCAUAAAAACGGAGCCAAGUUCUAAAUACUUAAAUUUAAAAAAGGUUUAUAUAUACAGUAUCAAAGAUUGCAGAUUUAUAACUAAAAAAAUAAUAUAUUGAUCAUUGAAAGUUUUAUUUAGUUUAGUUUUUUGUUUAGUUUUUGUUUAUUUUGUUUAAACAAUACUUUUCAAUAGUCUUGUUUUGUUUCAGUUGUUGUUAGUACUGUACAUUUGCUGUUUUUCUGUUAUCAGGGGAUUGUUAGGUUUGGGUCAGAUAUGUUUCUGUUCUGUAGAUAUCUUAGUUUAUCAUUCACCUCUGAAUUUCAUACAUACAUCAUACGUCGCUCCUACCACAUACCAAUUUGAAUUUCCUACAAUUCUAAUUUAAUCGUUCUCGAGUUAUUUCUAGAUAUUUUCCCUGCAGACAGAUCAUAUUUGUAUUUAGAUGAGAGCCAAAAAAUUUGAUAACCAAUAGGAGAAAUAUCUAUUUACUUGUAUACCACAAAACUCGGAGAAUUGUAAAUUUGCGUUAGCCAUUGAUGGGUUAUGCAAAAACCAAUCCAGGUAACCCAUUUCAUUGUUAUGUAACCCAUCAUGAUCAUGUAAAUGAUGUCAUAAAUUAAAUGCACGAACGAAAAAUGGGUUACGCAGUCUAUACUUACGCAAGCGACGUGCAAAUGAAACCGUCGCUCUCGCAAUAUUCAUAAGCCUUUACCAGUAGUGAAGAAACGUUUACAUAUACUGUAGAGAUCCUUGCUUGGAGUUCAAACUAGGUCCCUGUUUACCUCCCUUGUCAUACUGUAGUCACUCAACACAGGUUGUUGAAGGUAUAGAAAUGUUAAACCUUUUGUUUGUUUAUGGUACUGGAUAUAGUACACCUACGAAGUACUAAAACUAUUUUAUCACCGGUGUAUAUAUAUAUAUAUAUAUAUAUAUAUGUAUGAUGUAUAUGUACGUAUACUUGAAUGUAGUUUGUUUGCCUAUACAGCGAAGUGUAACCUGUGAUUGCAUGGGAAGUAAACUAACCUGUAUUCAGCUAGAGGUGGCUUGUGUGCAUAACAUUUGAGCUGAUAAAUAGUUUUUAGAAAAUAAGUAUUUUUGAGAAUCAACUCAGACAUUGCUUUGUCUGUGGGGUUGAAGAUGUAGAACGUUUUUCUUUUUUUUCCUUUUAAUGAGGCGAUUGUUGAGGGUGAUAAAUAAACAAGAUACUAUUCCACUUUAUUCUGGGUUUCCAAAAAGUCGAGUGAUUGCAAAUGAAAUUUUUUGAGGCUAAAAGUCAUGGAUAACCAUUGAAUUGUGUUUUUUUUUGACACUUUAAAAUAAGCCAAGAAGAGAUUGGCAAUUUGUGGUAGAAUAAGAGGAAACAAAUUAGAACGGAAAGUUGAUGGAAAAUGCAUAUCAAAGUUUGUUGACUAGGUAGGGAACCCUGUAUGAAGGUUGUAUGUAUUUUGUUUGUAAAGUGAUAGAUGAUUCUCUGGUAGAAUAGGAUGAUUUAUAGCCUUAACCUUCAUUGUUGUUAUUACUUUAAUAAACAUUUAUUUACGCUGGGGUGGGGCGGAGCAUGGUCCGAACCUGUGGGGGUGGGGGGUGGGGGGUCGAAUACAAACCUGUAGUCCAUCCCAUCCUCUUACAAACAGGGUUUUGUAAAUAAUUUCAGUUUGGUUCGACAUAAGAAGAAAAGUAAAUGUGUUUUUAAAAUAACAUACUAUUUUUGUGUGCAAUUUAGAAAACAAUCGGCUUGGAAAUAAAUAACUCUGAAUUUAGCAUGAAAAAAUGCAUUUGUCUACAGUUUUCCUGCUUCAGCAGGCAGAUUUGUUGGAACCCCCCUCCCCCCCACCCCAUCUAUGCCCUUGUACUCUGUAAAACUUGCAUAAGUUUUAUGUAGGUUGAGUUUGCUAUUCGCAGUAGCAAAAUAUAUUUUCUCUUACUAACAAUUCCGUUUACUUUCCAGUUUACUUUCCCGCCACAGACGUUAGGGUUGUUGAAUGGCCUGCUAUAGUGCUAAGGAAUGACUGAAGGCUUUUUGUUAAAGUUUGUUGUAAAUAUUCCUUGUUUAGUAUUGUGUAUAUAUAGGCUGGGCGAUUCCUGUAGUUAUUUCUCAUUGUUAAAACAGACUAACCCCGCGAAGAGAAGUUUGGUUCUUGGAAAUGAAUUGCACUUCACAACUAUGUUUUCAUUAUAUAUUAAAUAAAAUAUAAUUUAAUAAUAAA